GUCAAAAAAGGCUGUCGUAAUUUUUAUGUAAUAUUUUCGCCGCAAAUAACAAGUAGAAAAGAUGUUGAGCCUAAACUUCAUGACGGACAAGGAUAAAGAGGAGGCGGCCAAGUUGGAGCGGCGAAGGAUCGCCGAGGAGGAAAGAAAAAAGCGAAUCUUUGAUCCUAGAUGGAGGCUGUUUGGGAUUGACUCGCAAUAUUUGGAAAUGCAAAUUGCUGAAAACAAAAAACGAAGAGAGGAAGAGAAACGCAUCGACGAAGUGUUCAUAAACCAACUGAAGCACGCAGACGAGAUCGCUGUUGCUCUUGCAGAAAAGGACAGGAAGGAACGACAACAAAUUGAUAUCGAAAUCAACAAAUUCCGACAAAGUUACCAAAGACCAGAGCACAGCAGAGAAUUUGACCUGAAUGAUCCAAACCGCAUAAAGAAACAACUGCCAACUCGUAUCGACGACAACGAUCCACGUCUUGGACCCUCCUCAGCUCAAAAAUUCGAGGGUGAAGAUUUGGCUAAUCAAGAACGUAUCAAGGUACAACGUGAACAAUUAAAAGCGUGGCUAGACCAACAAUUGUCUGAAAAAAAACAAGCGAAGGAAGAUAGAAAAGUGGCUUUGGAUCAUUAUAGAGCAGCAGUCAUAUCCAGAGACAACAAAAUUCUGGAAUUAGCCGAAAUGGAAAGGAGUUGCAAGAGAAAAUUGGAUUAUGCCAUUCAGAAGUUCAACACUGCACUGGUUGAAGAAAGAAAGAUAAGGGACAAAGAACUUGACAGACAGACGAAACAAGAUAAUUUGGCAGAAAUUUACAAUGUGAUGACCAGUGACAUGCUGAGUGAAAAUCCAGGAGCUGCUGAUAGUAAUUUUGGACCAGGUAGAAAAAUUGCCUCCAUGUUCAAAGGAAUGACUAAAGAGCAAAAAAUGAAGAUGCGAAAGGAACAAAUGGAUCAAAUUUAUGAGAAACAAAAAUUAAAAGAAAUGGAAAAAAGAUUUGACAAAGAGUACGCAGAGUACUUUUUGGAAACGCAAAAAUCUGUCGACAUUUUGGAUAAAUUAAAUGAAAAAGAGAGAAUGAACAUCAUUUAUAAGAUGACUGAAGAAAAUAAAAAGUUGGCGGAGGAACAGAAGAAUAGGAAAGAAUACUUAUACAAAAUUGUGUACAAUAAUACUCCAACUGAAGAAUUCUACAAGCAAUUUAAUACAACUACAAGAUAAACUCUGUAUUAUAUAUUUUAUGCAUAUUUCACUUUGACCAAAUUAUUGCGAUAUAUUAUUUACCAGAUUCCAUUAUACUUUACAUUGAUAUUGUUUUUAACAAUAAAGAAAAUAUAACU